AUGCUACUCAGAAUCGUCAACACCUCAGUGUCUGGCAUCACGGACACGUCGAUAGCAAGUUUUCAACAGAUUCAUGAUAUUGUUUUCAAGAGACUUGUUGCAAACGACUUGAAGAUGGGAUCCGUUUUUGUUGUUACCAACAUCACGUUGAGCAGUGCUCUCUUUUCUUUGCUGAUUGUAGUCGCUCACAUCUCGAGCAGCUGCACAGUACGGGAUGCAGACAGCAUUGACACUUUGGAAAGAAUAAAGAGAACUAAUAAUAGAGGGCUGAGUGGAAGCGGAGAUGAUGAUGAAGAAAAACCCGACAAGAACCCUGACGGUCUUUUGUUGCCAAUGUCGAGCACUCUGAACACGAAAUCGACUGCAUCAGAGUUAGUAACAACACAGAGUCAACCAACAAGGAGGAGUAGUACAUCGGGGAGAGCCACUUCUACACCAAAAAUCAAAUGCGGAGGAGUUUCGGAUGGAACUGCGGCUGGUGCAAGUGUGGGUGUGUUUGUUUUCGGUUGUAUUGUAGGAAUCGUUUCAACUUUGCUGUUGAUAUGGCGUCUUAACCUAAGACAAGUGGGAAAUCAUAAACCACAAGUAUCUAGUGACGAGAAACUAACCGAGUCCAGUGCGUAUGUGGCUGAGCUAUCGACAAAUAGAGUAUCUCAAGCGGUGUAUGACGACCUUGUCGAAACACAGCAACAGUCCACCAACUCUCUUUUCACUACCAAUGCCGUUUACUUAGCAACGGAUGCUGCAACUGCAGUUUGAAUUAAUGUUUGAAUUGUCUUAGAUAAAUUAGCAAACCAUCUCAAUUGCUUUCUAUGCAAGUGCGUUGUUUGAACUAUUAUUUGUUCUGACCUUCAUUGCGGAACAUAGUGACGUGAUUUGGAAUACGAAUUUCUAUACAAAUAGAUAAUCCAGAUACUAAAUAUUGA